GGUUCUAUGAUGUGAUACAAAACCGAUCCGAACCCGAUCCGUACUUACAAAUUUACUAGAAUGGAACCUACGAAGUGUUAUAAAAAAGAACUGAAAUCCGAAAAUCCGACCUGAAGAUCCAUUCUGUUAUCUUUUCGGAUUUAAAUUUACAUUCUGUUAUGCUCUUCAUAGAUUGGUUUUACAAUGACUAAACCAAAGAUUUAAAUUUACAUUCUAAACCACGAUUAAACCGAUACGACCACUGGGUAAAACCUCUUAGAGAAGGAACCCUAUAGCUGAAUCUCAUUUCGAAUCUCGAUCGCAACCUUUCUAGCAAUGUCCAGCCUUCGAAGAGCUCUCCUCGUGGCGGGGAAAACGAAGAUCAACCUCCAGAACUGCCAUUUCAUCACCGGAAUCAACUACAACGGCCUCACCGUGAAGCAGCUACAAGAGCUCCGAGGGAUCCUCCGCGAAAACAGCAACACGAAGCUCCUCGUCGCGAAGAACACUCUCGUCUUCAAGGCCCUGGAAGGAACCAAGUGGGAGUCUCUGAAGCCGUGUAUGAAAGGUAUGAACGCGUGGAUCUUCGUGCAGACCGAAGACGUCCCCCCGGCUACGUUCGUCCGUUUCCAGAAGGAGAAGAAGUUGUUCGAUAAUAACUUGGGAGGUGCUGUGUUCGAGGAGAAGCUGUAUGGUCCGAAGGAUUAUAAGGUUAUUGAAACGAUGUCGUUUCGGGAAGAUGUGUAUGGUGUGAUGUUUGGUGCGUUGCAUUGGCCGGGGUUGGAUCUCGUUAACACGUUGCAAGCACCAUCUGCGUUGGAGAAUGAGAGUGCCGCUGCAUAGAGUAGUUUUCUCAAUUUGUUAUAUCGAAAUGUUUUAAAUUUAUCGUUUGUGUUUGUUCUUCCGGAUUAAAGAUAUGAUAUUUUUAUGAAAAUAAAUUCAAACUUCAGUUUCA